GAGCAUCAUCUUGAGUACAAUUUUAUGAAGAUUUACAGUAUGUCUCAGAUAUACUCUGCACCACAGCAGUAUAGUAAAUAUUUAUAUAAUAUAACCAAAAUCAAAAAUAAAUUACAAGCAGUAAGAAAUGAAACUAAAACAAAAAUAUGUUAUAAUAAAUCUAUAUACAACAAAAUUCAAGUCUUGAACAAUUGAAGUCUUGACCAUAUCAUAUCAUAUGCAUCACAUUUUCCAGCACACUGAUAAGACGUCCUUCAUAUGUAGAAAACAUGUAUUUAUCUUUAAUCUACUAUUUUAAAUAACAAGCUUUCCAUUGGAGCAAAUCAAUUUUCUUGAAUCAAAAUGAAUGUUAUGGGUAGAGUUGCCUUCAGGAGAGAUUAUUUGAACAAUUCCAGGGGAUCUGGAAAGACCUAUAUUCGGUACUUUCAUUUUUGUUCCAUGUUGAUUCCAUUGAACAAUACAUUUAUUAUUUUUUACCAGAAAUCCAACAAACAUAGAUAUGCUUUGCAACAUAAGAGUCUCAUAAAAAUCCAGAAUCUAUAAUUUUAUUUUAUGAUGGUUUUGAGACCCACUACUUUUAUGGCAGUUAUAUUAAUGGUAAAAGUUGUAAUUUCAGUGGAUGCUACCUCAGAUCCAAGAUUUUGCUUUAUACUUUGUUUCAGAGAAAGAUAUGGAAACUUAGGCCCAAUUUUAAAUGUAAAUGACGCAAAACACACAUUUUAAUUACUAUAAUAUAGUCUGUGAACAAAGGUAAUAAUAAUCAGGAUGAUUAAGAUUUUUGUACCAUAAUGUCACCAAAAAUUGCUGGAUGACAGAUCUACUUCAAUCCAUAUUCAGGGUUGUUACUUGGUGGAAAUUUCACAUAGAUACAAUAAAAAAAACUAAUAUGAAAUCAACCAGACUUUAUUUCGAUUUCAUGGAGCCAACUUUUUACUUUUUCUCUUGCAGACUUUAUUUUCAGUGGAUAUUAUCUCUAAGACUGCAGCUUAAACGACACUUGCGUCUCAAUAGUUUUGUCCCUGCUUAGUAAAAAGGAAAGACGCCACCAUUUCCUUGCAUACUGAUCUGAAAGUAAGCCUCAGCGGGAUUUGUUGCCAAGUAAAUACUUUAAGCACUGAUACGAACUACUGAGUGAAACUGAAUAGGAUUCACUUCUUAAUGACUGUAGUCCAAUUCCAUCCAUAUUCGUUCAAUUUAUUUUUUUUUAAAGGCGCUAAGACCCUAGAAACGCUGAGGACGGGUAGCGUCAGAACUGUAUAAUUAUAUCGUUUUAUACUUGAUAAAACUGCAAUUCAUGACUUUUAAUACACGAAUAAUUAACUGAAAAUAUUGAGAGAUUUCCCACCCACAAACAAACUUGUGGAAAAAGUAUAGCGGAGCGCGGAAGAAAAGCGAGGCGUCGGGCGGAAUCGUUCCCCUGCUUGAGAGCCAGCAAUCGAUCUUUCAGAGCUCCCUUUCCCCCACAUUUCCCCUCUUGUUUGUCCAGGCUCCACGGCGACCGGGUCAGGCGAAAGGAGGAGGCGGUCCCUCCUCGUCGGUUUACUCACUUCGCCGAGCUCCGCGCUCCGCCUUGCGGAGGCCUCUGACCCGGAUGCGCUUUGCUUUCCUCGGCCUUCCUAUGCGGGACGGCGACAGCAGCGGCGGCGCUGCUACCGGUCGUCAGCUACGGUGGCAGCAGCCCGAAGAUGGCUGAGUCCCCGGAAGAGGUGGCCGUGCUGGUGCAGCGGGUGGUGAAGGACAUCAACAGCGCCUUCAAGCGCAACCCGGACAUAGAUGAAAUUGGAUUAAUCCCCUGCCCUGAAGCCAGAUACAAUCGAAGCCCAAUAGUGCUGGUUGAAAACAAACUUGGAGUGGAAAGCUGGUGUGUCAAAUUUCUUUUGCCCUAUGUCCAUAACAAGCUUCUUCACUACAAACUAAGAAAGCAGUGGCUCAACAAAGAAGAGUUGAUAGAUAUCACAUGUACCUUGUUGUUGCUGAACCCAGAUUUCACUACUGCAUGGAAUGUAAGAAAAGAAUUAAUACUGUCUGGCACUUUAAAUCCCAUUAAAGACUUGCAUCUGGGGAAAUUGGCACUAACCAAGUUUCCAAAAAGUCCAGAAACAUGGAUUCAUAGACGAUGGGUUCUGCAACAUUUAAUUCAGGAAAACUCCUUGCCCGCUCUUGUGACUAAAGGGAACUUAGAAGCAUUACCCACGGAAAAAAUACAGCGGCUGGUGAAAGAAGAAAUGGAUGUUUGUUGUGACGCUGCUGGACGAUAUCCAAGUAACUAUAAUGCCUGGUCCCAUCGUAUCUGGGUGUUACAGAAUUUGGCAAAGCUCAAUACAAAGAUUCUUCUCGAUGAACUUUCUUCCACUAAACGCUGGGUUUCCAUGCAUGUUUCAGACCAUAGUGGAUUCCACUACCGUCAGUUUUUAUUAAAAUCUUUGAUUGUCAGAACUGGGACUGAUUGUAUUAUAAAGUUAUGUGAUCAUCCAACCAAUCAACAAACAUCUUGUUUUCCAAAAGAUGAGGCAGAUGAAGGUGCAGAAGCUUUUUGCAUGGAAAAGCAACAGCCAGAUCAUUCGCUGUAUCUGAAAGAGGAAAUAGGGCUCUGCACUGAUUUAAUUGACACUUACCCAGGGCAUGAAACGUUAUGGUAUCACAGACGCCAAGUCUUCUACCUUCAAAACCACUUAAAGAAGUGUCCAGUUCCAAGCAUCUGGUCAUCCACUUCAAACAUUAAGGAUGGAACAGUUAAUAAUUCACAUCCUCAUGUUACAACUGGCCAUACCACACAAGCCAUGGAUGUUGACGGUUUAACUGAAUGCAACAAACAAAGCUAUAGUCAAGAAACCAAACGCCUGAAGCGUGCUCCUAUGCAGGACUGUAUCAACGUGGAAGAAGAAUAUAAGUUCAUCGAUCACGUUUUGUCAACGUGUAGGGAGGCAGAUCAGGCAAGGUUUGCAAGUUCGUACAGAAAAUGGCUAGUUUCUUUUCUAAGUCAGUGAAGAUCUUUUAAAACUCUUUAGGGUCUUUGUUUAGUGCAAUAUCUUCUUUACAGACAGGUGUACUUAGGACCCCUGGCACUUUUCACCCUUCUGUUAUUCCUGUCACUGCUAAACUUCAUUUAUUGACAUUGGGUUUAAUUCUAUUUAUAUUUUUAAAAAACACUUUGUGUUAAUUUUUAUGGAUCUUUGUAGGAUAGCCCCACCUAAAAAGGAACUGCUUAGUGUUAAUAUAAAUUAAGUGCAAAUUUUAAAGUAACUAAUAUAACUGGAGUAAUAGAAAAAUAGAAAGGUAGAUCUACUGGUGAACAAUGAUUUCAUUCUGAAAAAUACCUCGUCCAUAAUAAAUACACCUAAUCAAAGUCAUUGGUCGGUGAAAACCAUGGAAAAUCAUUCAGCAUGGCAAUGUCAAAAUGGUUUUGAGUACAAGUCUUCAUUUUAUAAUUGCAUUGCAUCACUGUUCUUCUGACUUCUUUUUAUUUCAUAUUUGAAUUGCUCCGAUAAUCUUACAAUCCUAUGACUUUUAUUAUUAUUAUAGUGAAAGUGGGAUAUGGUUAUAUGAAAUUGGAUAGUUAUGUAAAAAAAAAAAAGUCUACCAAACUAAAACUAAUCAUUCAAUAUAAGAACACUGGUGUUUAGGUUUUCUCUGGCUUUUGUGAAUUUGGAGGCUUUCAUGAAUUUGAUGGUUGCAAGAUAUGGAAAUACAAGAAGAUGACCAAGGAACAAAAUUCUAUCUAAUCUUAUCCCUGCCUGCAAUUUUCUUGGCACAUGCAGAUUUUCCUUUCCCAAAACAUAUAAAGCGUUUCAUACUUGGAUUUUUAUUGUAUGUGAUGAUGUACAUGAUAGGUACUGGGUAUGAUAGACAAUAUGCUGACCAUGGAUGUUAUCUUUGUAAUGAUACUUCACUUAAUGGACAAUCUACCAUGCACUGGGACUCAUUCAUCUUCCUUUUAUUGCAACAGGACCAUGUAUGGCUCCUUUGCAAGACCCAUUUAAAUCGCUUGUGGAAGUACAGUGCUCAAUUUGCUUUUUUGAGUUUUCCUCAGGUUAUUCACGUAAAUGCGGACAGGAAAGAAGAAAAUGUGGAGGUAAGACUAAGCAGAUUGUUCAUGAUGGGGCAGACAAUUUCUUCUGUGCUUGAGCUGGAUUGAGUUUAUGAAGGCUAUCAAAGAAACUAACGAAAUACAACUUGAAAUCCA